AUGGACAGAUUGAUCCAAACUACUGCUGGUCUUGGUGCACUUCUUGCGACCAUCAAUUUCUCAGCUAACCUCGCGGCAUACAUUUCUGUACGAUCUUCAACACGCUUCGAGGUGAUCGAUCGACUUCUACGGCGCACGCGAUGGAAAGGAUUGCCUAAUACACUUGCCACGGCACCUUCGAUCUCGUCGACACUCACACCUCUCAGUUCACUUAUCUCAGACUGGCGUAAAAGCCAACGUCUCACAGGGCUCAUUCCCCUGUACAUCAGGCUCAGGUCCCUGGCAUCAAAGGAGGCCUUGAGGGAAAUGGACCCCAUUCUUCAUCGCCUGGUACUUCUUCAAUGCAAUGCCUAUAUCAUCUUCCAGGCCAUGGAGAAUAUCUGCCAUCUACAUGGCAAAGGCAUAUUACCCUCAUCCGUUAUCGAAAGGCGAGGUGGGAUUGCUAGAUGGAUAGCUUGGAGUUGCCGCGCUUGGUGUGUGGGCGUGGUGAGCGAAUUCCUCCGGCUGUGGCGCGAGGCCGAGAUUGAGAAGAGGCAGCAUGUAAAGAAGACUGCCCAAGAGCAGCAGGAUUUCAAUCGAAGAUGGUGGAAUCAAUUCAUGAUCACGGCGUGCUGGUUUCCGGUUGCUGUUCACAGCAGCUUUUACCCUAAGGGUAUUCCGGGCAUGAAUGCUGGCAUAACUUCUCUGUUGAGUCUUAUAGCUAGUCUGAACAGUUUCAGAAAUCAAUGGCGAGCUACAGCCUAG